UUGCAAAGCAAAUCGCAAACGAGUUUCAGAGCACAGCGGCUGCGCAUCUGUUAAGCUCAACGGCUAUAGUUUUUCAGUAUUAUAAUUUGUAUUAAGUCGAAGUAAAUAACAAACAUGAGGGAAAUUGUACACAUUCAAACCGGACAGUGCGGAAACCAAAUUGGAGCUAAGUUCUGGGAGAUCAUUUCUGAUGAACAUGGAAUUGACCCAACUGGAGCUUAUCUUGGAGAUCAUGAACUUCAAUUAGAACGUAUCAAUGUUUAUUACAAUGAGGCUUCUGGUGGAAAAUAUGUUCCACGUGCCAUUCUUGUGGAUUUGGAACCUGGAACCAUGGACUCCGUGCGUUCUGGACCAUACGGUCAAAUUUUUAGGCCAGACAAUUUUGUUUUUGGACAAAGUGGUGCUGGUAACAACUGGGCUAAGGGACAUUAUACUGAAGGUGCUGAACUAGUCGACUCUGUUUUGGAUGUUGUGCGUAAAGAAGCUGAAUCUUGUGAUUGUCUGCAAGGUUUCCAACUAACCCAUUCUUUGGGUGGUGGUACUGGCUCUGGUAUGGGAACACUAUUGAUUUCUAAGAUUCGAGAGGAAUACCCUGAUAGGAUAAUGAAUACUUACUCAGUUGUACCUUCACCUAAAGUAUCAGACACUGUUGUAGAACCUUAUAAUGCCACCUUAUCAGUACAUCAAUUAGUUGAAAACACUGAUGAAACCUAUUGUAUUGAUAACGAAGCAUUGUAUGAUAUUUGUUUCAGAACAUUGAAACUUAGCACUCCAACAUACGGAGACUUGAAUCAUUUAGUUUCUCUUACCAUGUCUGGUGUCACCACCUGCCUUCGUUUCCCUGGUCAACUUAAUGCUGAUUUGAGAAAAUUAGCUGUAAACAUGGUUCCAUUCCCACGUUUACAUUUCUUCAUGCCUGGCUUUGCACCGUUGACGGCAAGAGGUAGCCAGCAAUAUAGAGCCUUAACUGUACCUGAACUUACCCAACAAAUGUUUGACGCCAAGAACAUGAUGGCUGCUUGUGAUCCACGCCACGGAAGGUACUUGACUGUAGCCGCUGUGUUCAGAGGACGUAUGUCAAUGAAGGAAGUAGAUGAACAAAUGCUGAACAUUCAAAACAAAAACAGCAGCUACUUUGUUGAAUGGAUUCCAAACAAUGUUAAGACUGCCGUCUGUGACAUUCCACCUAGAGGCUUGAAAAUGGCUGCCACUUUCAUUGGAAAUUCCACUGCCAUUCAAGAAUUAUUCAAACGUAUUUCCGAACAAUUCACUGCCAUGUUCAGAAGAAAGGCUUUCUUGCAUUGGUAUACUGGUGAAGGUAUGGAUGAAAUGGAAUUCACUGAAGCCGAGAGUAACAUGAAUGAUUUAGUUUCUGAAUAUCAACAAUACCAAGAAGCCACUGUUGAUGAUGAUGCUGAAUUUGAUGACGAACAAGAAGUUGAAGUUGAUGAAAACUAAUUUAUUUCAUUUAUAAGUUACCAAUUAAGACAGAGGAAAUAUAAUAUAAAUGCAAUUAAAUUAUUUUUGAAUUUUUUGGAAGUUGUUUAUACCUAUAAAUUUUUGUUUAUAUCUAUAAACAUGUGUAUGUGCAUACGCAUGAUGCUUUACAUCAUUCCUUAGAGCAAUCAAUGCAUUAACAGGGCUUUAAAUCUCAAAUUGUUACACUUCGAUUUUAUAUUUUAAUAAAAAAGUUAACAAAAA